GUUGUCCACCUGUUCAGAGGAGUUCCUGGCUGCAGAGCCCAUCCCAACAGCAGUGUAGAAGCGCAUCAGUGGGUGUGUGGGUGUUUCACUUUGGUCUUCUGCAACGGUAUCCUGAGAAAAUUCAGACCUCAUUUCACCGAGCCCACUGCUACCUUCCAGCAGGCAUUGUGGCAGUGCUGAGGCAGCGCCCUUCGUUGGUGGCUGCAGCAGUCCAGGCCUUUCACCUGCGAGAGCCUGUGGAUUUACGAGCGUGGGGCUCUUCUCAGACUUUCCCUCCAGACGAGCGUGUGGUGACCAUAGGAGAAAUGGAAGGAUCUGCUAAAUACUUGGAAGUGCUGCACAGGGCAGAAGAUUACUUCCAACAGUCUGUUACCAAGCCCGAAAGCUCUUUUGAAGUGAGCCCAGGUGAUGAAAUCUUGACACUGCUACAGACAACAACUGUUGAUUUGAAGGAAUUUGAGAGAGAAGCAGCUUGUCUUUUUCCAGAGGAUGGGGCAGACUCAGAAGAGCUGGAUUCUGAUGGUCUGGAUGAAGAGGAGGAGUUUGAUUUCUCGAACAAGGAUGAUGAAGACUUAGAUGUGGAAGAUCAAAGGCAAGACCAGAAGGUGCCGCCUAAUGAGCUUAUAGGCAGUCUCAAGUCAUACAUGAGUGAGAUGGACCGUGAACUGGCACAUACCAACGUUGGUAAAAGUUUCACCGUCCAAAAGAGAGGGGUAAGUAUGCCUCGAGUUCUAGUUUGUAGCAUAAAGUGUUGAGAGCUUUAGUAGGAAAGAGGAAUUAUGCUAAAAGUGAUCAUUCCGAGUAAUGUAAUCAAAAACUUCUGUCUUCUAAUCAUGUGCUAACUAAUUAUUAAAAAAUAAAAUGAAAAUCGCACGCGCAAGCAAAAUGUGCCGCAGCUGCACCAUGGUGUAUUUUUCUGGGGGGGUGGGAAGAAAACCAACGUAGGGAAGCUUUAACUUGCACAUUGUUUCCAAGACUUAGUUUCAUUU